GCUGUUAUUAUGUCCGCGAACGGGCGCCGCCAACACCCAAACACAGUGCGGCAAAACAGGCGAGUGGCGCUCAGCAGCAUCGUCUCUAAUGAAUGAGUGCGCAGGAAGAAACAUGAGUCACGAAUGAGGUCUGCAGGAUGUCUUUUAAGAAGGAAACACCCCUGGCUAAUGCUGUGUUUUGGGCAGCGAGGAAGGGGAACUUGGCUCUACUUCAGCUGCUGCUCAACAGCGGGCGCGUGGACGCAGACUGCAGAGACAGUUAUGGAACGACAGCGCUGAUGGUGGCGUCGUACAGCGGCCAUUAUGAGUGUGUCAAAGACCUUAUUAUGCAAGGAGCCGACAUCAACUACCAGAGAGAGACAGGUUCUACUGCCCUGUUCUUCGCCUCCCAGCAGGGUCACAAUGACAUUGUGAAGCUCCUCUUUGAAUUUGGUGCCUCCACUGAAUUCCAGACAAAGGACGGUGGCACAGCUCUCACUGUCGCCUCUCAGUACGGACACUCCAAGGUGGUGGACACCCUGUUGAAGAAUGGAGCCAAUGUUCAUGACCAGCUGAACGAUGGUGCCACCUCUCUGUUUCUCGCUGCCCAGGAGGGUCAUGUGACUGUGAUUCGUCAGCUGCUUUCAUCUGGUGCCAAGGUUAACCAAGUGCGGGAGGAUGGCACUGCCCCCCUGUGGAUGGCAGCUCAGAUGGGUCACAGUGAGGUGGUGAAGGUGCUACUCUUACGUGGUGCAGAUCGGGAUGCUGACAGACAAGAUGGAUCAACAGCGUUAUUCAAAGCAGCUUUUAAGGGACACAACAGCGUCAUCGAGGAACUUCUCAAGUUUUCUCCUUCACUUGGCCUUCUCAAGAACGGCUCCACUGCCCUUCAUGCUGCUGUUAUGGGUGGAGAUGUUCGAACUGUUCUGCUGCUGCUUGGGGCAAACGCAGACCCCACACUACCCAACAAGAAUAAUGAACUCCCUGCAGAUCUUACAAAGAGCGAUCGCAUCCUAAAGGUUUUACAUCCAAAAAUCUUAAAUGGAGACAGCUGAUGACCACCCAGACUCCUGCCUUCAUGCCUGCCUGUACCACACUGAUGAUGUGUACUGAGGGGAAAAGAAAACAAAAAUACAGUGUCAAAUAUGCUCAACUACAACAUGUACUGUACAUGGUGCUUGCUUAUGAUUACGGCUGAAAUGAAGCUGUCAUAUGUUGAAUAAACCUGGACUAAAUUUAGAGCAACAAAAUGUGCGACCAAAAUGCAUUUGUCUGCCAUGUGCAUCAUCUCCUUUAUGCUGUUGUUACUACAGUAUAUGUAUUUAUUUUUGUUUACCCCAGGUGUUGUAAGAUUUCUAGAUAUUUUGCACACUUUUUAUUUGCCUUUUUAAUAGAUGUAAUAAAGUGUACAUUUGUUAUUCAAUUA